AUGGGACAUCAUCCAUCUAAACAUCAUGGUCGUCACAAGGGUACAUCUUUGCAACCACACUCAUCGACAACAACUUCUCAACCAUCAAAUACAGUUCGAAAAUAUGAUUUAUCCAAUUUUGUUGUCAUUACAGUUAUUUUUAAUCCAAUAAAAUACAAAACUCGUUAUGAUCAUUAUCAGAAAUUUGAAGCUCAUAUGUCUCAUUCUGGUGUAAAUUUGAUCACUGUUGAAUGUAUAUUUGAAUCAACAACACGUUUUGGUUUACCUCGACAAAAUUUUGAAGUAACUCGUGCUGGUGAUCGUCGUCAUGUGCAACUUAUUGCUCCAUCUAUUCUAUGGUUGAAAGAAAAUUUAAUCAAUAUAGCUAUUCAUCGUUUACCUGAAAAUAUUGAAUAUGUCGCAUGGAUCGAUGCUGACAUCGAAUUUGAACGACUUGAUUGGCCAUAUCUAACUAUUGCUGAAUUACAACGUUAUCCAAUUGUUCAACUUUUUGAAUUAUCUUAUUUUCUUGGACCUGGUGGAAAAAAAGAGAUAUUGCGUCGUGAUUAUUCAUUUGGUUAUUCGAUUAGAAAUAAGAAACUAAUUGAUCCAAGACGCUAUAAUGAAUGGUAUCCUCAUCCAGGUUAUGCAUGGGCAAUGCAUCGUUCAGUAUUUAAUUCAAUGGGAGGUCUUCUCGAUUUUUGUAUCAUUGGAUCGGCUGAUUUACAUUUUGCUUUUGCACUUUUACAUCGUAUUGAAGAAACACUUCGACCCGGUUUACAUCAAGAUUAUAAAAAAUUAGCUAUGAUGUGGGGAGAUCGAGUUGCUAAAGUGGCAAACAACGGUGAAAAUGUUGGCUAUGUACCGACUAACUUGUGGCACUAUUGGCAUGGAGAAAGAAAUGACAGAAAUUAUGUUGAUAGAUGGUAA